AUGCCCGCCAAAGGAAAAGGUCCCCGCCAGGGAAACAGAAGAAGGUCACCGGGACCAGCAGCCAAGGCAGCAAAGCCGAAGCAGGCGCCGCCCACAAACAAACAGCAUGCCAAUCGCAAAGUCGAAGUCCAAAAACCCGAACCCGAACCCACCGAAGAAGAAUCUACCGGUCUCAAAUUGGUCAGCACUAUCCCUCGCGACCUUCAGCAAUUACUGCUGGAUGUAUUCAAAACAGCUCUUCUCGGCGAGACGGCUGUAGAGCCAGAGUCCGCGAAUCCGGACAAUGAACAACAAUCAGGCGAAACGAAGGAUAAGGAAGAGCCACUUGAUAUAAAAGCUCUUAUCCAGACAAUUAAGGGACUGCUUUACCAGCGCGACUUUGACUCCGCUUUCACGGAAGCGAAUGAGGAUCUGUUGCGCGCUUAUGCCUUGCGUUGGAGUUCUUCGCGGUCACUGGGAUAUGCUGGUAUCUUGAAGGGAGUGUUGUCCUGGAUGAGGGAGGAGGAAGAACAAAACAGUCGCGGUCGUACAAGAAACGCCAACCCGUCGACUCGUGUUGUUUCCAUUGGUGGCGGUGCAGGUGCAGAGAUUGUUGCCCUCGCCGCCGUGCAGAGGGAUCUAGAUGCCGAAGCCCAGUCAUUGGAGCAAAGUGUCGCGGACAUUACUUUGGAAGAGAAGGAAGAAAAAGAAGAAAAGAAAGCCGAAGAAGAUAACGGGAGCGCACGCGGUCUUUCAGUCAUGGCUGUCGACAUCGGAAACUGGUCAAGUGUCGUCGACAGGCUUUCACGAACCAUCUUUUCGGCCAAUGUGCCUUUCACAAUGACCACGAAAUAUCGCUCUCCACUGCUCUCAGAGAAGACCCAUGAAUUAUUCUCAGUGGACUUCCGCCGUGCAGAUGUUCUGAAUAUUCCAGAAGAGGAGCUGAGGGAAUUCUUCCUCGGCGCCUCAUCAUCUCCCUUCACGUCCGUUUUGGUUCCUAUCAUGUUUACUCUGAAUGAGCUAUUCUCUACGUCUAUGCCCAAGACAACUGCGUUCAUUCUUCGCAUGACGGAGAUCCUGCCAGUUGGCGCUGUGCUUCUGGUCGUUGAUAGCCCCGGCAGCUACUCAACAUUGAAGCUUGGAAAGGGUCCCGACGGAGAGCCCCAAGAGAGGAACUACCCAAUGAAGUUCUUGCUCGAUCACACUCUGCUGUCGGUUGCCAAGGGCAAGUGGGAGCGAGUGUACACCGAGGAGUCGCGGUGGUGGAGACGAGACGCUGUGCGCCUGCGGUACGAAGUUGGCGAAGGUGCAGGCCUGGAGGAUAUGCGGUUCCAGAUGCAUGUGUAUCGGCGAUUGUAG